GUAAAGGUGAACCAUACUGAGUAUACAAGUUAUGUGACUGAAUUGACGAAACUUAUAAUGUUAUAAGUUUAAUUAAUAAUAUGGCAUCUGAAAGCGGUGGAUAUGUUGUAUUAGGAGGUGGGAUCGCUGGCGUCACAUGUGCCGAAACAUUGUCCAUCUUGUGUCCAGAAGAAAGGAUUUUAUUGAUAACAUCAUCUAAUUUGAUCAAAGCUGUUACAAAUCUCCAAAAAAUUACUAAGACUCUAGAAGUGUUUGAUGUUAAAGAAAAACCACAUAGUGUCUUAGAAAACCGAUUUCCAAAUAUCAAAGUGAUACAUGGCAGUAUAGUAAAUAUAAAUCCUGAACUAAAGGAGGUUUCCCUGUCAGAUAACAGCACUAUUGGCUACAGUUCUUUGUGUGUUUGUACUGGUGGAACACCAAAACUCAUCAAUAAAGAAAACACAUAUGUAUUGGGAAUAAGAGAUACAGAGAGCGUCAAGGUUUUUCAAGAAAAGCUACAAAAUGCAAGCAGAAUAGCAGUUGUUGGUAAUGGUGGCAUUGCAACUGAACUUGU